AUGAGCAGUCAAGAUGCUUUAGAUGUGAUCGCAUCAACAUACAACCAGGACAUUGACUCUAAUACAAGCCUACAUCAAAGGGACACAUUCGAUAAGAAUAAGUUGUCGACAAAGACCCAGGAACUUGAUGGAGAUGCUAACAAUAAUAAUGGGGAGGUUCACCUAAGAAAAUCAUUCUCCGUCUGGUCUAUCCUCGGUGUCGGGUUUGGGUUAACAAACUCGUGGUUCGGGAUAUCAGCGUCCAUGGUCACAGGUAUAUCUUCCGGUGGGCCCAUGAUGGUCGUGUAUGGUAUUAUAAUCAUCGCUUUGGUGUCCAUUUGUAUCGGUACUUCCUUAAGUGAGUUAUCCUCCGCUUAUCCACAUGCUGGUGGUCAAUUUUUCUGGUCUUUGAAAUUGGCUCCCCCAAAGCAUAAAAGAUUUGCCGCAUAUCUUUGUGGGUCAUUCGCCUAUGCUGGUUCUGUGUUUACUAGUGCAUCAACGACGUUAUCAGUGGCAACUGAAGUGGUGGGAAUGUACGCGUUAACUCAUCCUGAUUUUAAAGUUCAAAGAUGGCACAUUUUUGUCUGUUUCGAAUUGCUACAUUUGCUAUUGAUGCUAUUUAAUUGUUAUGGGAAAUCAUUACCAUUUAUUUCAGCGUCAUCAUUAUAUAUCUCCCUAGUGUCAUUCUUCACCAUUACUGUGACAGUAUUGGCAUGCUCUCAUGGUAAUUUUAAUGAUCCAAAAUUUGUUUUCGCCACUUUUUACAAUGAAACAGGUUGGAAAAAUGGGGGUAUUGCAUUUAUUGUGGGGUUAAUUAAUCCAGCAUGGUCCUUUUCGUGCCUGGAUUGUGCUACUCACAUGGCUUUUGAAGUGGAAAAACCAGAACGUGUUAUCCCCAUUGCAAUUAUGGGCACAAUUGCAAUUGGAUUUGCUACUUCAUUUUGCUAUGUCAUCGCUAUGUUCUUCUCCCUACGUGAUUUGGAUAAAAUAUUAACUUCCACCACAGGUGCUCCAAUCUUAGAUAUUUAUAAUCAAGUGUUGGGUAACAAAAGUGGUGCCAUCUUCCUUGGUUGCCUUGUCCUUUUCACCUCAUUUGGUUGUGUUAUCGCAUGCCAUACGUGGCAGGCAAGACUAUGUUGGUCCUUUGCCAGAGAUAAUGGGUUACCAUGGUCUCAUCUUUGGGCUCAAGUGAAUCCACAAAUGGGGGUCCCACUAAAUGCUCAUUUGAUGUCAUGUGCAUGGAUUUCGUUAAUUGGAAUCCUGUACUUAGCAUCAUCUACAGCAUUUAAUUCUUUAAUCACCGGUUGUAUCGCCUUUUUAUUACUGUCUUAUAUCAUUCCUGUGAUUUGUUUAUUAAUGAAAAAACGUCAAAUUCGUCAUGGUCCCUUUUGGUUAGGUAAAUUUGGAUUGUUUAGCAAUAUUAUUCUAUUAGCAUGGACAGCUUUUGCCAUUAUAUUUUUCUCAUUCCCGCCUGUACUACCUGUAACUAAAGAUAAUAUGAAUUAUGUGGCGGUGGUCAUUGUAGGUUACACAUCAUAUGCAUUAUUAUACUGGAGGUUCAAAGGUAGGAAAGAGUUCCAUGCAAUGGAAGAUGAUGACGAUAUGGAUGAUGGUAGGGGCAAUACGAUUGAAACCUCAGCAUCGUUAAUAUCUAGAGACAUUGAAGAACAAGACGAUUCAGAAAGGGUCUCUGAGAUAAUACAUAUCCAAUCGGACAAAGAUAAUAAAUAA